ACUGCCCUUGCUUGAACUUUAUGGUUGGGUGACAACGCAUCCAGCUCGUUCCUGACAUCCAAUUUCAUGGAUGCCAGCUGUCAGCUUUUCCAUUUGCAGUGCACGCCGCCCAAACCACCAACGCCCUCCGGUUGCUUUUUGUUUUCACCUCCAGCUUCACAAAGGAAACAUUUCCCACGAUGAUAUCGGGAGCUCUAUUAGGUGGCGCCAUUGGUGGGGGGCAUAUCUAUCACCAACAUAGUGUAGAGAGGAGUGUGCGAUCUGCACGAGGUACAAUCGGGACGAUAUGCCUGUAUUUUGCAUCCCAGACUUUGAACAUGUUUACUCUCUCUGGAGAUACUACAGCAACCGUUGCAGCGAGCCGGUGAACAUGUCGAUGGUACCGCCGGCGUCAAAGACAACCGUCAAGCUGGGCUGUUGGGCCAAGCGGCGAUAACAGCGAAAGGUGAUUCCGAUAAGAAAUAUUGCGGGGUUGUAGGGUCAUCAGGCCAGGGCUGGCCUGACAUUCACAACAGGAUAUCUAGAACAGAGGAGGUGAUGCCGGAAUAUACAGAAACCCCAGCACAGCCUCCAAAUAUCGCCAGUUGUCUGAAAAGUAUACAGGUUGUCCAGCCAGGAGUCACCGCGUUGCUCCCCUCUGCUGCAGCAUGGAUCUGUUUAUGAUUCUGGUGCUGACCCCGCAUCGCCCUGGAGCUCCGUCAUAGCACCCGUGCCACCCUUGUUCAAAGCGACCACCUCAACAGACAGAGACAAGAACCACUCGUUGUUCCUCUCCUUGACCACCCAACAGUAACCUGACCUGACCUACAGCUCUGACACAACUCUGAAUCCCAAACUUUGGCAUCUCAAAUGAGCCCACCGUCGAGUCUUACAUAAACCGAAUCCUAUCGAGAACUGUCAUCAGCUACCACCCACCAUGGACAUCCCUGGUGCUCAAGAGAGCGCUGCCAACAGCUCCAACAGCUCACUGGGCGCAACUCUCUCGACUUCCCAGACUGAGCGCAACAAAUCUGGCCAUAUUGCUGCUCAUAGACAGAGCUUUGCCGAGGACCAGAGACGCCCUCCUCCUUCCCCUCGCAGCCAUCGACACCCAUCUCUCACCCAACAAGCCGUCCAAGAGCUUAUGAACCACCCCCCAAUCAACCGACACGCCAAUCCCCAGUAUGCCGGUAGGAACUGGCAGGAAAUUGCAGUCGGGGAAUUGGCUGUGGCAGAUGAUGUGAAGUGGACCGAUCUUGAUGAGAGUGUUCAGGAUGCCACGCUGACACUCCUCAAAAACCACCCCACCAAUGCGGUCCUUGUACGGGAGACCCCCACAUCAAAACGAGCCAUCUCCACGUUUGACUACAGCGAUCUGAACGCCUACUUAUUGGUGGUGGUCGGGCUUGCGAAACCUGAGGAGGAGCAGAUCGAGCUAUACGACCACAUCGCGAAGAGUGCCCAGGCCCAGACACCUGUAGCGCUCCGGGAGAUCCAGCCUAUUCUGAAGAAGAGCGAACUGGUAGCUUUGCCGGCCGAGGCAACUUUGGACGCGGCUGUGGAGGCUUUCGGAAGCGGCAUCCAUCGGUUACUGAUUACCAACAGCGCUAGAGAGGUUAUUGGAAUUCUGAGCCAGCUCCGUCUGCUCGAGUUCUUCUGGAAGGAAGCGGUCAAUUUUCCUGUUAUUGACCGUCUGUACGGGAGUGUGCUGCGAGAUCUUCAGAUUGGUAGCACUCAGAUCAUCGCUGUCAAUGCCGAUGGGCCUCUCGCUGAUGCCCUUCUGUUGAUGCACAACGAGGGCCUGACUUCGGUUGCAGUGGUCGAUCAAGGCCUCAACGUUCUCGGGAAUAUUUCAACAGCAGAUCUGAGGCUUUUGACCAGUACGAACAACCUGCCCCUUCUCAAGCGCUCGUGCAUGCACUUCAUCAGCGUUAUCCUCAACGAGCGUGGCGUCGAACAUGGACGUGAUUCUUUCCCGGUUUUUUACGUCAAUCCUUACUCCACACUUGCGCACACAGUGGCCAAGCUCGUUGCGACAAGAUCUCACCGGAUGUGGGUUGUCGAGACGGCUUCACCUUCCCCUAGUGCUCCCGCUACACCGUUACUCCAGCCGGUUCAGCUGGGAGUUACGGCUGCAACGGCUCCUCCACCUACGUCAGUCACUGGUGUUGGGUCGUCAUCAAGCCCUGGCCCACAACCAACUGUUCUUGUUUCUUCGCAAACCCCCUCAGCGCCCCAAUCGCCGCUGCCAGGACAGUCAUUCUCUUCGGUGCCUUCUGCCAGCUUGCCUGGGGCACAUGUCUCUGGGAGGUUGUCCGGGGUUGUCUCGCUGACAGAUGUGCUGAAUCUCUUUGCGAAAUCGAGCGGGCUUCGGCCUUCGGAUCCCUCGGAACAGAGGGCUCGGAGAAGACGGAGCUCGAGUGCAUCUGUCCGGCCAAGUUUGGAUGUGGGGAGAGGAAGCGUUGAGUUUAGGAGGUAGUACAUCUUUUAUGGCUGAAGCAUGGAAAUACUGUCAUUACUCAGCACGAGCCGCUCUCCUGUAUUGUUUCAUUGUGUUGGGAGGGGAAGAGAGUGGCAUUUGCCUUUUUUAGAGGAAGAAAGGAGGGCAUCAUGACAGAAUUCCUAAUUAUGCGAAUCACACAAGUUUCAUACUGUUCCUGGGAACGAUGGCGAAAACAGACAGACCUAUGAUGAUGUGACGGCAUGGGCGGGACUCGUCUUGAUAGCACAGAAUCAAUUGAUAUUAGAAGUUGGAAAUAAAAAAACCUCAUGGGUUUGUACUAUACUAAA